AUAUCUGUGUUGAAUAUUUAUAUCUAUAGGAAAUGCGUGGUCACUUGAGAUAAACUUAUAUUUCACGCUGCCUAAUACACACAUAUAACUACACAGUUGUGUUAUAUUUCAGAUACUCACAACAUGUCGGGUGAAAGUGAAAAGGUGGUGCCAAGGCAAGAGCUACAUACAUUUGUGGUUCGAGCAAUGGAGGCUGUUGGUCUGCAGACAGACAGGAGUUCAGUCCUAGCCGAUUUGCUGGUAUCUGCAGACUAUAGGGGGCAUUACAGUCAUGGAUUGAAUCGACUAGAUAUGUAUUUGAAUGAAAUAAAAUCUGGAACAGCAUCUAAAGAAAAUAAAGAACCGGAUAUUGUAAAAGAAUCUGCUGGAACAGCACUAGUGGAGGGAAAUAAUUUAAUUGGUCCAUAUGUUGCCAGAUUUUGUAUGGACCUUGCUAUUCAAAAAGCAAAAACAGCUGGUAUAGGUUUUGUUUCAUGUAGAGGGUCAAACCAUUUCGGAAUAGCAGGGUGGUAUAGCUUGCGUGCAAUGGAGCAAGGUUUUCUGGGCAUGGCAUUCUGUAAUACCUCUCCUAUGAUGGUUCCUCCACGAGGGACAACGAGAACGUUGGGAACAAAUCCGUUAAGUCUAGCAGCACCGGCCAAUAAUGGUGAUAGUUUUGUCUUGGAUAUGGCAACCACUGCAGUAGCAUUAGGAAAGGCAGAAUUAAAAGACAGAAAAGGAGAACCGUUACCAAGUGGUUGGACUGUUGAUAAGAGUGGUCAUGAAACACACGACUUUAAGAAUCUCCAUGGUUUGAUGCCUCUUGGUGGAAAAGAAGAAAGUAGUGGCUACAAGGGCUAUGGUCUCGCUAUGAUGGUAGAAACAUUUUGUGGUAUUUUAAGUGGUGGAGCUUUUGGACCAUUUGUACGACAGUGGAAAGCAUUUGAAAGACCCGCAAACUUAGGACAGUGUUUUAUAGCUAUAGAUCCCAGUCAAUUUGAAGAAGGAUUUACGGACAGAAUGCAGACAUUAAUUGAUGCUUGCCGGGAUCAGCCAUCAGCGGAUAAGGAUCCAGUAUUAGUCCCCGGAGACCCAGAGAGAAACCACAUGGAACUCUGUGACAAACUCGGUGGCAUACCUUAUCAUGAAAAUCAAAUAACAUUUGCUAAUGAAAUUGCAACGACCUACAAGUUAGCGCCAAUGAAAACUUUAUGAUCGAAACAUUAAUACUGAACUAAUAACAUUUUUCAUUGUGCUUCCAAUAAGGGAUAUUCUAAAUAAAUAUUAUCUCGAGAAUAACUUGAUUGUUAAGAUCAAUGUGCUAACUGCAUGGUGCUGAACAAAAGAAAACUUGUUUUAUGAAAAAGUAACAAAAUCAAUAGUUUGUUUACGUUGGUAACCUUACUUAUUUAAAGUCAUUUAGAAACAUUAGCUCAAUUAUGUAUAUUUUAUAUAAUGUGUUAACAUGUGAGGGAAAUUUAACACUGUUUCCGAUUGAUACAUUUCGUUGGUCACGAAUGACAACUCUUUUAAAAAGUUCUAAAACACUGCCAUGGGAAUUGUUGCUGCGUUUAUGUUUUGUAUGUUGGUGUUUAAUUAGCUUGUAGACAAAAAUAAUGCCUAGA